GGCAUGUUAGAGCUGAGGCCUCUGUUAACUUCUUCGAGCCUCAGAGGGACACUGGGAACCACACCAUCCUCUGACAACUGCAAGUAUGGAAUGAACUGAGAAAAUAACAUAAACCAGACAUCAUCAACAAGUAGGUGAAGUGAAGAGCCGCUCACCAUGGAGCCAAAGGACAAGCCGGUUCCUCGGUGGAGUCUGGGAUCCGGCUCUGGUCUCGCUUAUGGCUCUUUUGUGAACAGCCUUUCAUCGCUUACACCAAAGGCAGAAGAGCAACAGGAGAGACCAGCCUUAUCACCUAGACGCGCCAAUAUAGCUGUAGCCGUGCUUUGCUACAUCAACUUGCUCAACUACACAGAGCGGUACACAAUAGCAGGUGUCCUUCUCAACAUUCAGAAAUUCUUUGAUAUAAGUGACAGUAUGGCUGCACUUAUACAAACAGUUUUCAUCUGCAGUUUCCUGCUUUUGGCCCCUCUCUUCGGUUACCUCGGGGAUCGCUACAACCGGAAAUACAUCAUGAUUGGCGGUUUGUGUGUGUGGCUUGUGACGGCUGCCGGCAGCUCUUUUGUCACAGAGUCGUACUUCUGGCUUCUGAUACUGUUGCGAGGCAUGGUCGGGAUAGGAGAGGCCAGCUACUCCACCAUUGCUCCCACUAUCAUUGGUGACCUCUUUGUUGGUAGUCAACGGAGCAAAAUGAUCUGUAUCUUCUACAUCUUUAUCCCUGUCGGAAGUGGUCUUGGAUACAUAAUGGGGGCAGGGGUUGCUACUCUCACAGGAGACUGGCGCUGGGCUCUCAGGAUCACUCCCAUCUUGGGUGUAGUGGGACUCGUCUUGCUGGUCUUCUUAUGCCCUAACCCACCCAGAGGUGCUGCAGAAACCCAGGGAAAGGGAGUUACAGGGGAGAGCUCCUACCUGGAUGACAUCAAGUAUCUUCUGAAAAAUAAAAGUUACGUGUGGUCAACAUUGGGAGUGACGUGUACAGCCUUCCUCACCGGAGCCCUGGCUUUCUGGAUGCCUACUUUUUUGUCCAGAGCUCGAGUCAAUCAGGGAAUCGAACUAGACAGUUACAUCUUUGGUGCUGUGACGGUGGUGACGGGCAUUCUGGGAGGGAGUCUUGGCAGUGGUUUAUCCAGAUGGUUACGGGACAAGGUCCCAAAUGCGGACCCAAUCAUCUGCGCAGUGGGCCUGUUGGGAUCGGCUCCCUGCCUCUUUAUCACCAUCUUUGUGGCAUCAAAAAGCAUUGCUGCCAGCUAUGUAUUCAUAUUCUUUGGGGAAAUGUUGAUAUCACUGAACUGGGCUGUCAUUGCUGAUAUACUGCUGUAUAUUGUCAAACCAACCAGAAGGUCCUCGGCCGAGGCUAUCCAGAUUUCAGUCUUGCAUCUACUGGGUGACGCUGGGAGUCCUUACCUCGUCGGAGCGAUCUCUGAUGCUGUACGCAAAUCUAAACCUGCCAAUCACGAUUGGAACUUCCGCAGUCUGAAGUACAGCCUCCUGAUCUGCCCAUUUGUUGGGGCCCUGGGUGGACUGUUCUUCCUCGUGUCUUCCGCCUACAUUGUUGAAGACAGGAGGGCAGCUGCGCAAUUGGGUGAAGGGGAUCCUCCACCACAGCAGGGUCCUCCAGCUGAGCCCCCGAUUGAACUGAAAAAAUGAGGACAAAAGCAACCAAGACAAUGAUUUAACUGUAAAUACUUGAAGUUAAGUUAAAAUGUACUAGUGUUGACAACAGGAUGUUGGAUGUUGUCUUGGAAAGAUCCAUUUUUGUCACUUUAGAGCCACACACAGAUGACAGUUGCAGAGAAAACUUAGACAAUCAAAUUUCUUUUUUAAAAAUGCUUGUCUGCUCACCCAAGUAAUCAAGUAGAUUUUAUUUGUAUAUAGCCCAAAUUCACAAUUCACAAAUUUGCCUCAAAGGUCUUUACAGCAUACAACACCUUCUAUACUUAGACCCUCAAUUCCGAUAAGGAAAAACCCCCCCAACAGGAAACGUGGAAACACCAGGCAUUUUUACUGAACUUUUUGCCUGCCUGUGUCAGUGUUAUAACAAUAUUACCUCCGAUUCAGAGGCACUGUGCAGAUAACCGGUACUUGAAAAGUACGUACUUAUAUUUUCUUAAAGGAAAUGUUUUUCAUUUUACAAUAAAUUUGCUAAUAAAACUGUUA